AUGCGGGCGGGGGGACCGGCACCGCCACCGGGACCUGCCCCGGGCGGCGGCUCCGCUCCUGCCGCCACCGCCCGCCCCCCGCGGGUUCCCCGGGGCCGCCGCCGGGCGCGGGCCUCCUUCGUGGACGAGUCGCUGUUCGGGCGCCCCGCGGGGGCCCGCCCGCCGCCGCCCGCCUUCGCACCGCCCUGGGCGGCUCCCCCGGCUCCCGCUGCCGGCGGCUCCCGGCCGAGGAGUCAGUGCAGGUCCCGAAGCCACGUUCCGUCCUUCUGCGACGAGUCCCUGUUCGGUGCCAAGCCCCAGGGUACCGCCUGGGCAGCUCCGUGCAUGAGGAAACAAGACAUAGCCAAGCUCCAUACGCUGCUUUGGAGCCCCCCGCCCGCCCCUCGAAACCAGCCCGGCCUUUCCCCUCGCUCCAGGGGGACACCCCUGAGAGCCGUGCACCCGCCAGCCACUGCCCCUUUGGCCACAGCGGGCUCAGAGCCCGGCCACAGGGGCAAAUCUGGGGGCUGGAAUUGUCCCGAGAGCAGUGCUUGCUCCGAAGGCUGGGGGGCUCCUGGCAGAGGACGUUCCCAGUCUGUCAGCCGGCUCAGCGCCCCCUUGGAAAGGCUCCACCUGGCUUCAGACAACCCUGGGACAGAAAGGUGGAAAAACCAGAGUGCUCCCAUAAGCCCUGCCUCGUCCGGAGGCUCUCUGAUGAGGGGCAGAUCUAAAAGCCUGUCUGGACCUCCUGUGGCCAGGAAUGCCAAGGCAGCAGGUGGCUGCAAGCCUAGACCACCCUGGAAGUGAUGCCAAGUGUCUCUCUGGAUGUACAUAACAGGCUUAGGCUACCUGAGACCUCCCAGUGACCAAGUGAGUGAGGACUCUCUGCUUUUCCAUGGCUGGAAACAAAGGAUGGGGCUGUUCCAUGCUGGAGGACAAGCCAGGAGC